AAAUUUCAUGGCCUCCGGAGGGUAUAGGGCCUGCGAUGUAUCUACAUCUCAAUCCAAACCAGAUCUAGCAGGGAAAGCCAAGGCAAGCAGCUGCCAGAAGAAAAAAGGAGGUGCAGGCACUGGGAGGUGGGAGAGGACAGCACUGAGUAAAAAUACAGGCCACUUCCAUCCCUACCCACUAGGCCUGGUUCUGGCAGGCUCCGGCCCCAGGUGGUGACACCAGCAUCUGGAGCUGAAGGACAGAUCCCAGCCACUGGUGAAGGUACCUGCCCUAUCCUGGCCUGCUUUGUCUCCAACUCCUUUGCUGAAGGUGGGGUGGUGGUGAAUACACAGUCACUUUCUGCAAGGCUCCUGGAAGAAACACAGGGGCGACUGAGGUGAGAGGCCCUAUGACUUGCUGCCCUGGCUGGCAGUUUGCCCUGCAGCACUGCAGAGAGAAGCUGAAGGGCUCACUACUUGGCUUCUAGAUCCAAGGGAUCUUGGAGGGCUUCUGGAAGACCCCUAAGACUGCGACACAGGCUCCUGGAAGACCUGGGAGGCUGAGCUUGGUUGAAUCACACUCAUCUGGUGGCUUUUCCAUUUUUCUUUCUGCAUUUGCUGUGCGGCCAGCUUCCUCUCCUCAGGGCCGAGCUGAAUUGAGGGAGGUCAAAAGUGACCUUUUCCCCUUGCCUCCAAAGAGGCCCAAAGUACAUUCAUGACAUUUGGUCGUUGCCUCCAGCGCCAGAGCACUUUCAACUAUAAGAGCAAGGACUUGAUAUCCAGGCCUGCCUUCCGCGAUUGGGAGGGAAAUGCAGAGUUUCAGAGGCCCGACAGGCCCUCCCUUCUUGCCUCGCGGUGGGAGGGCUGAUGGUUACUCAUUCUUGGGGUGUCUAUGAAAAGCCUUGGACCCCUCUGCCCAAGGCUUGAGGGCUCAGGACCCGGCUGUUCGCGAGACUUGUUUGCUGGGCCUCUUAGUCUGUCGCUCGCACCGAGCUGGCUGUUUGCUGCCUCUUUGCGCGGGAAUGCAAGCGUCUCAACCAGGGACUAAAGACCAGGCUGUGGCGAGGCUGUAGUCUGCGAAAUCCGAGACCUUUUUCCAGCUUGGCAAGAUUAACUUUUCGGCCCCUCUGAACUGGCUCUGAGCUGGACUCCGCUUGGAGUCUCUUGCGGCCCGCGACCAGUAGUAUAACCUCGAGGGGAUGCAGGAAAAGAGAAUGGCCAUCAGUAUUGGAUUUUAAGUUCCUUAGAAAUCCCUGACGACCGCACUGUCCUGAAUUUUUUUUUUUUUGAAGAGCAGAGGGAGGAUCAGCGGGUGGGGAGAGCUGGGCUUGCGAGGUGAUGGAUUUGAUGGGAAUUUUAAAAAGCUCCCUUUCCGCUGUCAAAGUUCCUGGCUGCCCUAGCCCAGCCCCUCUCCGUGGGUUUUCCAGAACAAGCGCCCCAAGCAGGCGAGGCUCUGCUCAGCAUCCACGCAGAAGGGAGGCGAUCAUUUGCUGCGAGCGGGCCCAGUCGGCAUCGCCUGCGGAGCGCGCGGUAAGAUCCGCGACCCACCGCCGGCCUCCUGUUUUGAGGGCGCCUAGGUCUCCUUCACUCCCAGAGCUGCUUAGAAAUCGUUCAACAGGAAAAUAAGAACCCGUGUGGUGAAAUCCGGACGGAACCAGCAGAUCCAAAAGCAUCUGGGGGCAGGCGCGGAGAUUAUGAGUCGUUCCUGUUUUUGGACAGGUUGACAUUUGGUCGCAGCCCCCAAAUUCCAGAUCUGUAAUUAAAUGACUCUUGGCUUGCAGCUUCUUUGAGACUCAGCAGAUUUGGGAGGAAAAGAUUCCGAGCAGAGCACUGGUUCAGACUCUGAGGUGCUCACUGAGCGGACUUCCUGCUCAUUUGACACUCGCACUGACCUGGGCCCUGGUGCUGCAGGCCCUGUGCCUGUGGCCCUGUCCUCCAUGGAGGAGAUUCAGGUGGAGCUGCAGUGUGCUGACCUCUGGAAGAGGUUCCAUGACAUCGGAACUGAGAUGAUCAUCACCAAAGCAGGCAGGAGGAUGUUUCCUGCCAUGAGAGUGAAAAUCACUGGCCUGGAUCCACAUCAGCAGUACUACAUAGCAAUGGACAUUGUGCCUGUGGACAAUAAAAGAUACAGAUAUGUGUAUCAUAGCUCCAAGUGGAUGGUGGCUGGCAAUGCUGAUUCCCCUGUCCCCCCAAGAGUUUAUAUACACCCUGAUUCUCUAGCUUCUGGAGACACUUGGAUGAGACAAGUGGUCAGUUUCGACAAACUCAAACUGACCAACAAUGAACUGGAUGAUCAAGGACAUAUCAUUCUGCAUUCUAUGCACAAAUACCAGCCUCGAGUUCAUGUGAUUCGAAAAGAUUUCAGCAGUGACCUUUCUCCCACCAAACCUGUCCCUGUUGGGGAUGGAGUGAAAACAUUCAACUUCCCUGAGACCGUGUUCACCACAGUCACAGCCUAUCAGAACCAGCAGAUCACCAGAUUAAAAAUUGACCGAAACCCUUUUGCUAAGGGAUUCAGAGAUUCUGGAAGAAACAGAACUGGACUGGAAGCCAUCAUGGAGACCUAUGCAUUCUGGAGACCUCCGGUGCGCACACUCACCUUUGAGGAUUUCACCACCAUGCAAAAGCAGCAAGGAGGCAGCACAGGCACUUCCCCAACCACCUCCAGCACUGGGACACCAUCCCCUUCAGCGUCUUCUCAUCUUUUAUCUCCAUCUUGUUCUCCUCCAACAUUUCAUCUGGCCCCCAACACUUUCAACGUGGGCUGUCGAGAGAGCCAGCUGUGCAACCUAAACCUCUCUGAUUACCCACCAUGUGCCCGAAGCAACAUGGCUGCCUUGCAGAGUUACCCAGCGCUGAGUGACAGUGGCUACAACAGGCUGCAGAGUGGCACUGCUUCAGCCACUCAGCCCUCCGAAACCUUCAUGCCUCAGAGGACUCCAUCCCUGAUCUCAGGAAUACCAACUCCUCCCUCGUUGCCUAGCAACAGCAAGAUGGAAGCCUAUGGAGGCCAGCUGGGGUCCUUCCCUGCUUCCCAAUUUCAGUAUGUGAUGCAGGCAGGCAAUGCAGCCUCCACCUCCUCAUCACCGCACAUGUUCGGAGGCAGCCACAUGCAGCAGAGCUCCUACAAUGCCUUCUCUCUCCACAAUCCUUAUAAUCUGUAUGGAUACAAUUUCCCCACUUCCCCUAGGCUAGCUGCAAGCCCAGAGAAACUGAGCGCCUCUCAAAGCACUUUACUCUGUUCUUCUCCUUCUAAUGGGGCCUUUGGAGAGAGGCAGUACCUGCCUACCGGGAUGGAGCACGGCAUGCACAUGAUCAGCUCUUCACCCAAUAAUCAGCAGGCGACUAACACCUGUGAUGGCCGGCAGUAUGGGGCGGUCCCAGGAUCCUCCUCCCAGAUGUCGGUACACAUGGUUUAAUAGCCAGUCCAAAUGCCAUGGAGCCUACAGCAGCCGAGGCCCCGGAGUCUCCAUGCACAGAUCCUCCUCUUUGGAAGCCCCACAUCUCUGAAAAACAGUAACUGUGUAUUAUUAUUAUUAUUAUUAUUGUUUUUUCUGGAGGAGGAAAGCACAUGCCCAAGGACAACCAAAAGACAUGUAAGCCACUGAAGGAAAUGUGUGAUGAAAUCAUCUCUGACUCAGUGACCAUUCUCCUGCCUUCCCGAAUCUUAGUUUCAUAAACCAUCGUCUACUCUAGAGUGGCCUUUGAAGAAACUGAAUAAUCAUUUUAUAACAAUGUUAAGGGAGAUGCAAACAUGUAGCAGCCAUGAAAAAUUAGCCAUACACAUAUACAGAGCUACCUAUACACCCAUCCAUCCAUACAUAGAUACAUGCAUGCACACACUCAUAUAUUCAGAUACAGGUUCAUACAUACACGAACAUACAUGCACACGGAUUGGGAACUGGGCGAACUCUGUGGAGGGAGGCCCAGAAUGGGUGCUUUCACCAGGAAUUGGUCUAUGUACAACACUAGAUGGACUGGGCCAGUGUAAGCAGCUGACCUUUCUCCCCUGCAGCUUACCCUGUUUCUGAAAUGAACCAUAUAUCCUGGAGCCUGUUCCCAACAAUGAAGAUGGAAGAAUAUCAGUACUGCAACUGGAAUUGGCCCCCCAAAAAAGAAAGCUUUUGAACUUUGGCUCUAUUCACUCAGUGUGCUAUCACUGAUGUUCCCAGUGGUGCUUGUGAAAAGAGGGAGUAGGAGCAGCUGAACGAGAGAGAAAGAGAAAGAAGAAGGGCAAGGUGGAGAGCAAGGCUGAGAGAGGAAGUGUGAGCAAUGAUGUGUUUUGAUUCACCAAGGAAAUCGGGUUCUGGUUCGUACCUCCCCCACCCCUGCCCAGGUUGUAGAAAGAAUCACGGCUUUAUCGUGGCAUUAUGGAAAAGCAAACCUCUCUGGGACACUGCGGUGGGUCAGGGCACUGGUGAGAGGGACCGGGACCAGGGAAGGAAUGCAUCUUGAUCCUGCAGCUGUGACCGCUGUGAUCCAGAAGAGGGGCACAGCACAGGGGAAGGGCCAGCUCCAGAGCACGCAGCCCAGCAGGGGACAGGAACAGGAGUGUGCAUAAGGAAGACUGUAGAAUCCCGAUGGCUGAUACCAGGAGCAGAAGUGACAAACAGAGGCCUGGCCUGCCGCCUGCCACAUCCAGACCCCUGCCCUGCGUGGCCUGCCCCCCAGCCCCUGUAGCAGGAGAAAUCCUGUGAUGUUCCGGGGAAUUGCAGACGGGCCUUCUACAUCCUUCCACUUGCCUUUAGGUAUCCAUUUUUAUCAAAUAGUUCGUUGCAUUUUGAAGUUUUGGGUUUUUUUUCCUUCAUCUUUCCCUUCCCCCUCAAAUCCUUUAAUGUUAAGAAAAUAAGUGAAGUUUGGUGCAAACUAAACUUUUUAAGUGGUGUGGAAAUGAAAAUAAUACCAAGUAAAAUAAUACAGAUAUUAAAAUUUUUUGUUUUGAGUGUUGUAGAUAACUGUAUUUAUGUGUCUAGUGGGGAAUCCAAUAUUAUGAAUAUUAAAAAGGGGGCAAUAAAAAGGUUAUGUAAAAUAUGUAUGAAGAAAAGUUGUAUAGAAAUUUGCCCUUAUGCACGGAACUCUGUUUCUAAGUGCCAAGCACAGAAAGCCGCUAAAUAAAAUCUUUGCAAUUGUU